CUGAUCAGAAAGAAAAAUAGAGGCAUGUUCUGAUUGUUGGGAUUCAGUUUUAAUAAGGGGAGCAGUUUUGAUCUUUGAAGUUGAUAUAAAAAUUAAUAAAGGUUAAGAAACAAGAGUGAGCAAUGGAAGUAGGAGGGGUUGGGCUGCCCAAGGAGUCGAAUUUCUGGCUGGUGGCGGUGUUCGCGUUGAGCUUUGGCAUCGUUAGGCUCCUAUUAGACGCUCUCCUCUACAAGCCCCUGUCUAACAUAAUGCUGAGACAUGCAAAUGCUGGUAAAGUGGCAACAGAUGAUGCUAAGCAGUCCAAGAUUAUCAAGUGUUCCGAGUCGAUGUGGAAGUUCACAUAUUAUGCCAGCAUGCAGCUCUGGGUUAUUUUGAUCAUGCUAAACCAAACGUGGUCACUCAACACCGAGGACUAUUUUCAAGGAUGGCCCAAUCAAGAGAUGGACCUUGCAGUGAAGCUUUUCUACAUGUGCCAAUGUGGAUUUUAUGUAUACGGCAUUGCUGCUCUUCUCACAUGGGAAACGCGAAGAAAAGAUUUCGCUAUUAUGAUGUCUCAUCACAUAAUAACUUCAUCUUUGGUUGGAUUUUCCUACAUAACCAGGUUUUUUCGAAUCGGAACAAUUAUUCUCGCGUUGCAUGACACUAGUGAUGUAUUUCUGGAGGCGGCCAAACUCUUCAAGUAUUCAGGAAUCGAGAUGGGAGCUAGCUUGUUCUUCGGGUUCUUUGCAGUUUCAUGGCUCAUAUUGCGGCUAGUAUUCUUUCCCUUCUGGAUAAUCCCGGCCUCAAGUUACCAGUCCAUAAAAUCCUUCAGGAUGCUGAAACCUUUUCCCUUGGCUUUGUACUACGCUUUCAACACAAUGCUCCUCACCCUGCUUGUGUUCCACAUGUACUGGUGGAAACUCAUCUGCGCCAUGAUCAUGAAGCAGAUGUGUAACAAAGGAAAAGUUGGGGGUGACAUUCGAUCGGAUUCUGAAGAUGAUGAUUGACGGCGUGACAGUCUGAGCUCAAAUUUGUUUCUUCUCCCAGGCGAAAAUCGCUCUUUCGCAAAUGCCCUCAUUGUAAAACUUAUGAGGGAGCAAUUGGCUAUGGUACAUUGUUCAUUUAUGCAUCUCAAUUCUGAUGUCAGCGAAUUUCCCCCUUUAUUGUUUUUUAAAUGUAUGUGUUUUAUUUUUAUUUUUGUUUUUGUGCGACUGAUAUAUUGCUUUUCGGUGUAAAAGCGUAAGUAUAAAGCGAUUUCUAU